UUAAAGACUAAUCCUUAAAGUAGCAUAUAUCAAUUAUGAGUUCCACCACCAAUAAUAAUAAUAAUAAUUCCAAGGAGGAGUACGAUGAUGCUUUCACCAAAGCUGCUUCAUUCGCAUUUGCUCAAGUGUUUCCUGCAAUCUUGAACGCUGCUAUUGAUAUGAACUUGUUUGAUAUCAUAUCAAAGGCAGAGAGUUCGUUAGGCAUGUCAGCUUCUGAGAUUGCAUCUAAGAUUCCAAAGCAACACAGCGAAAUGGGUAGCAGACUUGAACGCAUGCUGCCAUCAUUGGUGGCUCGUUCUCUUCUGACUUGCUCCAUUCGCACCAUUAAUGAAGACGGUGACACUGAAAGAGUUUAUGCAGUUUCUCCUGUUGGAAAAUACUAUACUAGUACUCAUCAUGAUGAACAAGGAGGCUCCUGGAUUGUAAUGUCAACUAUAACCUACCAAGGUUGCCGUCAUAUUUGGAAAGAUACAAAGGAUGCAAUAUUGGAUGCUAACAAUCACAAUCAUUUCCAAAAAGUGUACGGAAAGAUGGCGUUUGAAUAUAUGGAGACAGACACAGAGUUAGGUAACCUUUUCGGACAAGCAAUGUCACAAGCUGGCUCUUUAGGAUUGAAACAAGUUCUUAAUGCAUAUAAAGGCUUUGAGGGAGUAUCAACGUUAGUUGAUGUAGGAGGUGGAUAUGGACAAACCUUGAAACAGAUUCUCUUUCAAUAUCCAUCAAUUAAAGCAAUUAAUUUUGAUCUGCCUCAUGUUGUUAAAAACGCACCCCCUCAUCCAGGGAUAGAGCAUAUCGGAGGAGACAUGUUUAAAACUGUUCCAAAAGCUGAUGCCAUUUUACUCAAGCAUGUAUGUCAUAAUUGGGGAGAUGAAGAAUGUGUCAAGUUUUUAAGAAAUUGCUAUGAAGCUUUGCCACCACAUGGGAAGGUCAUAGUUUUGGAUGCUUUAUUGCCAGAAAUUCCGAAAUCAACAUCAUUUAAGGAUACUCAGGCUGUGGAUCUCGAUUUUCUUAUGUUUCUAGUUAACGGUGGAAAGGAAAGAACUGAAAAACAAUUUGAGAAACUAUGCAAGACCUCAGGAUUUUCCCGAUUUCAGGUUGCUUGCAAUGAUUCCUCAAAUGUCGUUGCAGUCAUGGAGUUUUACAAAUAAAAAUGAGAGUAAAAUGAUAAAUAAGUUCACGAA